AUGUCUUAACUCAAUAAUACUCCCUAGCCUGAUGAAAAAUCAGCUAAAUCAUCUUUAGGUCAGUCAAGACCCACCAAUUAGUAGCAAGCAGUGCUUAAAGUUUAUAAAAGAGGGUAGAUAUUCUUCAAAUUAGGACUAUUUAUGUUUUUAACAAUGCCCCCUAGUAUAUUCUACUACAAGAAACAUCAGAAAGACUUAUACGCUCGUGGAAUAAUUAAGGACAUGAAGAGAAUGAGUGAAAAAGGCAAAAGCAUGCAUGAUAUACCCAAGUAUACUACAGAUGUGCCAAUGGGUAAAAGGCAUUGA